GGUCCCUGUUGUGUUGCCAUGGAUACUGAAGCGCGGAGGCGGAAGUGUUUCUAUUGAACAUGUCCGAGUCCGGAGAGACUGCGCUGAGCAGAAACUACGAAGACACUUUAGAGAGGAGAGCGGAGCUCCUCUCAGACGUGUGGAUCCGACAUCAGCAGGACCACCUGAGGGAACAACGGUGGAGAUCCAGACCGCUAUGGAGAGGAACCGCAGGCUCCUAGAGGAUGUGAGGAAGACUGAGGAGCUGUUGAGCAAGAGCCAGAUGACUGACCCACAUCUCCUAUCUCUUGAGACACAGUACUGGGUGUCUGUGGAGGCCCAGAUCCCCACAUGGCAGGGCUCCCUGCUGGGUACCGCCCCGGGCCCUGGCCCCGCUCUGGGCCCCGACCCCGCUCGUCCUCCCAGGAAGGCCCAGCAGAGAUCAGCUGCAGCCAAGGACCCCAGCCGUCCCCCUCUCCCCAGGCCCCGGGGUCCUCUGUAGUCCCCCGACUACAGAACCCCUCACGUGGAGGGGUUCAGAGCUCUGGAUGGAACUGGGCCCCGUUUCCCGAAAGCGUCGUUAGCCUAAGUGGAUCGUGAAGUGCGUCGAAAGGGCAUCGUAGAGUUUUC